UCCACAUUAGCGGUUUGGUUGCUAAGCUAACUGGCCACUGAGAGUGGGAACUCCUAAAAAAUGGCUGAUUUAAGCACUUUCAGGAAUGAAGUGGCGCUCGUCGUCAACAGCCUGGCCAGGGCGGUGGUGACGGAGAUUUUCAGCGCUGUGGAGGGAGCUUCUUUAAACAGACAAAGCCUCGAAGCCGAGGAGAAACUCGGCGCUCUCGUCGAGCAUCUCUGUUUUGAAGCUGUGGAGAAAAUCCUGAAGCUGGUCAAUCUGAGCGUUAUGAAGAGCGGCGAGAACGUGGGCCAGAUGCAUGAUGGGAGCGAUGAUGUUUCAGAGACAGCCGGAGGCGAAGGCGGCGGUGGCGCUCCCUUCCCCCCCUCAGAGCAGACCUACAUCUUGGUUUAUGAGAAUGCCACCGCAGACUCACAGUGUGUGCUGGUGUCACUGGAGAGUCACGCUAACGGUGGAAAUGAAAGCACGUGUGAUGUAACAGGUCAGGGGACAGAGCUCUCCCCCUCCUCGUCUGCGCCUCAGGCCGAUGACCACGAGUACGCUCGCUCGACGUCGCCUCCAUCCAGCAGUGCCUCAGCGGCAGUGGGUGGGGUCAGGAAGAGGCCUCGCGGCCGCAGGAAGAGAGCUCGAAUCGUGGUGUCUGGUGAGGCAACAGAGACUCACCUACAGUGCUCGCACUGCGCCAUGUUGUUUCCAAACAGCGAGCGGCUCGCCGACCACGAGAAGAAGGCUCACCCGGCGUGCUCGGUGUGUGGCCUGCGGUUCACUGGUGUCCUGAAACUGCGUGAACACGAGCUGAAAAAACACGGGCUGCUGCCGUAUAUCUGCGACUUCUGCCCGAAGAGGUUUAACCACAAGGCGCAUCGCGACCUGCACGUGAAGGCGCGGCACACCGGCGAGAAGAGCUGCCACUGCGACAUCUGCGGAAAGGGCUACGCCUGCGUGAGCGUGCUGAAGACGCACCGCAUCACGCACUUCGACAAGUCGUUCAUCUGUGACGUCUGCGGGAAGGGCUUCUACCACGCCUGCCACCUGACACGCCACAAGCUGGUGCACCAGGAAGUGCGGCCGUUCCGCUGCCCCACCUGCGGGAAGGGCUUCACGCAGGCCGCCAACCUGCGCAGCCACCAGGCGACGCACACUGGCGAGCGGCAGCUCUGCUCUAUCUGCGGCAAGAGCUUCCGCUGCCUGAAAAACCACGUCAUCAGCAAACAUUCGCACGAGCUGCCCGCCCACGAGCUGCCCGCUGUCGACGCCAUCGUUAGCUGCGAGGUCUGCGGCAAGAAGUUCCCGAACCCAUCGCAGUACCGCGCACAUCAGCGGAGCCACACCGGGGAGAAACCUUUCCACUGCGACAUCUGUGGGAAAAGCUACCGUCUGAAGGAGCUGCUGCGCGACCACCGCUACACACACACCGGGGAGAAACCGUACCGCUGCUCGCUGUGCCCCAAGACCUUCAACCUCGCCACAAGCUUCAUGAGGCACCGCAGCAUCCACAGCGGCGAGAUGCCGUACAGCUGCCGCGACUGCGGUAAACACUUCCGCCUGUUCACCUUUCUCAAGGCUCACCUGCAGACCAAAGCUCACGUGAAGCAGACAGGAGCGCAGGGAAACGCCCCCCCGCCAAUCAGCAGCAUCGAACAGGAGGUGGUCCCGGACGGAUCCAUAAUUGCUGCCCAGCUGGUGUCGAGUCUUUAAAGCAAAACGAUGAAACCGUAAACACAAACGGCAAAUGGGAGAACUCGCCGUUUGUGUUUACAGUGUUUAAGAACUGCAAGAACUCAACGGCCACAGUCGCACUCUGCACCGGAGCUGUGAGGCGUGGCGCCGCGUGGUCGUUAAACUCGUAUCUGUUUGGUAAUAACUUAUGUGUCAUGUGACGUCUGUUUAUUUUGAAAACAAACUCAGAUCAGAAAUGAUCGCCAUGCCGAAUUUCAAUAUAAAUGAAGAAUGACGUUUGCAUUAUUUGGGGCGUGGCCUCUUUGACAGGUGAAUGACUGUUCUUUAUAUACAGUCUGAUUCCAGCCCACAUACACACAGACUUCCUCUGCACUUUCAGAAUAGAGCGCCUGGAGUUUUCCCGUCUGACCAGUUGUCCUGCUUUGUGACCUUUGACCUCUGUUGUGUCGGCCGUGCCCCUCUGUGAUAGCUGCUCAUGUAAUCCAGCUGUUUUCCAGCUGAACAGAGGUGAGAUUAAAGGAUCCAAUCAGCAGAUAAUCCUGACCCUUUGUGUUUGAACAGUUUAAUCACCGUGGCGACCGCUGAUUGCUACUGUUGUCUCUGUUUACCUGUUAAAGACCGCCAUGUUUUCCAUGUCAGCGUGUCAGAGCUGCAGCUGUUAAUCCCAGUUUCGAUGCGGGCUAAUAAUUGUGACAGCUUAUUGGCUGACAGGCAUGCGAGGAGCCGCAGAUUUAACGUGGACGUCGGCGAGCUGGUCAGGUGCUCAGACGCUCACAGGGUUAAAGCUGAAGUGUCGCUGACAGCGGGAAUCAGCUGUUUACGUCAGAUUAAUCGUGUCUUUUGUCAUGUUUUACUGUUGUUAUCCACACAGGAAACACUCGGCGGUAACUUCCUGUCUCUAAUCUUUGAAAGCCUCGUGUUUCAGCUCGUCUCUUUAUAAACAUAAAGACAUAAAGAAAAUUCUGAGAAUAAAAAAAGUGGAAAUGUGCAGAUUACAGUAGAUGUUUGCGCAGCUGACCAGCCAUCCUGUGAUACAGCAUCCGUGCUCCUUAUUGGUCGAGGCUGUAACCAUGGAUAUCUGUCCACUGCAGACAUUUCAUUUUGUACAAAUCCAGCAGCUUCUCUUCAGCGUCCUCGUGCUCAUCGCCGGCUGAAAGACAAAUCACCUCCUUCCUUUAGCUAAAACUGAGUCUGAAGUACGACCUCACGCACUCGAUGACAAACGGCCUUCCUGUUUGACGCGUUUGGUCUUGUGUGCGAUCUUCAGACCUCGCUCUGACAUUUUAAUAAAACACGCAGAAAGGAAGUUGUGUUUUGCACGCUCUGCUUGUUUCUGUGCCGCAGGUUUUUCCACAUCUGUGGACACUCGGCUCACAGAGCCUCCUUUAGAAAUGCAAAACACCCAAACUGCUCGCACAGUGCGUGCCUUUACAGACGUGCCAUCACUUUUAAAUAUCUGCAGGUUUUAAUGUGAGCGGGCGGCUUCAUGAGGACGCUCAGCUGGGGACACCUUAGUUCAAAUUUAAAUGGUUUCUUUAUGUUCACAAAGGAAGUGAUGUAACCGUUAACAAUAAGAAGACAAGACAGGAAAUUGUUUGUAGUUUAAUAAAUAAAUGUGACAAUAAAAAGUGAACACGAGCAGA